UAUCUGCAGGAUACAGCCGAAUCUAGGUCAGGGCAGUGGUGGGUUCAAGCCCAUAAGAUAAACAAAAAAACAAAAAACAAAAUUGAUUGGGUUGCUCUGUACCAUAUUAAUCCAAGCCGAUGGUUCAUUGUUUUGGUGACAAGAGAGAGAUUAGGAUGGGAGAUUGGUACGAAGAAUUUCAAGAAGGUGGUAUUUGGGCUGCUCUAAGUCCGAAAGAACCCAACAAUAGAUUGUUGUCUAAUGUAUCCGGCAAGGAAUACCUCUCUGUAAUUCCAAGACAGCUCCCCGCGGCGGCCAGAAUGAUUCCUAAAGCUGAGCCCAAACAUGAAGAACAUCCUAAGCAGCAAUCGGCCCCUGUCUGCAUUCCUGUCGGCUGGUCCAAGAUGGAGAAGGCGCCUCCACGGUGUCAUGGUGAUGACGAUGAUUACGAGGCUGGCGAUGUGAUGAUUCCACCGCAUGAAUGGAUCGCCCUAAAUCUAGCCAAGAGUAAGAUAUCUUCUUUUUCUGUGUGUGAAGGGGCUGGAAGGACUCUCAAAGGGAGAGAUCUAGCCAAUGUUAGGAAUGCUGUCCUCACAAAAACAGGUUUCCUAGAAUUGUAGCCAUUUCAUAGAAAAUUUUCUUUUCAAGAAGGACAUAUCAUCAAUCAUCAUGUGUUGACAUGUCCACGUUGGCAGACAUGUCAUUUCAAAUGGUUGGUGAUUAGAUGUCCAGGUGGCCAUGUAUUUUCAUGCUUUUAAGUCCUUCAGUUCUUAAUGUACUACUAAAUUUAUCUUGAAGAAUUGUUUUACAUCUUUUGU